UCUAACCCGUGCGCUGCACCCUUCGGGACCAUAUCAGGGCCUACAGGAAGCUGCCUGUUGACUUCCUCUCUGCAAUCAAGAUCCACCUGGUCACCUCUACACCUUUGAUUCAGACGAUAGUAAAUGGCUCCUUUUUCUCAGCAUUUUCUGCGGUGGAAGUUCUUCCAGAUGACCAACUGACAGACGUGGAUUAUGCGUAUGACGGCGUCGGUACAGAUACUUCUGCAUAGAUCAAUACAUGGCGCCGCACGCCUCUUCAUUUUCCUCACACCUUCGAACUGGGACCAACACACUGGUUCUGUUAUAGAACAAGUAGCUUUGGAAUCUUUGGUGGUCACAUUACUGAUGCGCCUGCUGCACACACGAGCAAAGUCCGAGUGGUUUUCCGAAGACGAGAUAUCGACCCGUCGGUUGGGCACAGGUUGUACAAUGUCGCAGCAAGAUUUAUGUCACUACAUGGAUAAAAAACGCGGCCUCUUCGAACUAAAGCAUUUAUAAAUUGGUGUAUUUGAUCAUCGGUACUUACGUAUUAUUGCCGAGAUCUAGUAGGAGCACUAAGUGAGCGAUACUGAACUCCAUCAGUCGGCGUUUUUAUUUGGACUGCUUGUGUUCGCUAAGUCGUUCUUUUAGUAUACUCGUUGAUCACUUGAUUCUACUUUCGUUGGUUUACCGUUGCUGUACCCAGUUUGGCGAAAUCACGACGUGACCAGUCGAUGAGGUCGCGAAAAG